GUAAAAUCAACGACCCCGCCAUAUUUGGUCUUAAAGACACUAAUGUCGUCCAGAGACGGUAUCUAGCCAGCAGUAAAGUAUGAAUUCCUUGAUCCGUUUCUCAGCAUGUUGGCUAUUGAUAUUAAUAACGGCGAGUCACAGUUAUGAUCAGUUGGACUCGCUGACCGAUAAUUUACUCCGAGAUGUGAUGAGUCGGAUGGGAGGGCCCGAAGGGGCGCUGGCAGUGAAUUUCGAUGACUACCCAAAUUUGCCAUCAAAUUCAGCACCACCACAACCAGAACCAAGGUCUUUUGAAGCUCGCAGAGACGCCAUCCUCGGAAGAGAACCUUCGAUAAGAGAUCAGGAAUAUUUGCAACACUCCAGCUUGUAUGGGAAACAAUCGGUGCAAGGUGGAGCGGGUGAAGGAUACCAGCGAUUGAAACCUGAUGGAAGUAUGAAAAAUGUAAAGAUUGUGAAGACAGAUGCCGCUUUGCCUGCAUAUUGUCAACCACCAAAUCCCUGCCCAUUAGGAUACAUAGCUGAUGAUGGAUGCCUCGAACAAUUUGAAAACACAGCCGCCUUCAGCCGAGAAUACCAGCGGUCUCAAGACUGUAUGUGCGACUCUGAACACAUGUUCGACUGCCCGGGAGCCACGCGCGAAAGUGAAAUCGAUGCUCUGGCAAGGUCCUUUGAGAAUGAAGGAUUGGCAGAAUCUACGCUCGACAGGUUUUUUCAAGACCUGGAGAUUCGAGAUGGCCACAAAAUUGUAGCGAAGAAAUUUUUCUCACACAAGUCUUCUAAUCCAUAUUUGGAAGGAGAAAAAUUGCCUGUGAUUGCUAAAAAAGCACCGAAAACAUCAAUAAUGUAGCAGCACAGCAGAUGUAUUCGGCCUUUCGCUUGUUAAUCGCAUAUCCUUAAAUGAUCAUUUGUAGACAAAUGUUGAACCUAAGCUUUCCUCUACAGCGCUUCUUGAAGAAAGUUUUAGCAGUGUCUUCCUUUGUUAUAAAAUAAUGUAAUAUUAUACUAUGCAUAUCGGAUGUUGUUAAAAAGAAUUCUUCCUUAUUUUUAAAUGUCAGAUAUAUUAGAAAGAGAAUUUAAAUGUGGACCACAGGACUUGAAUGAUAACGAAACCUUUAUGUGAAUGCUGACAUGAUUUCCACUGUAUUUUUCCAGAAUGCUCGACCUCAAAUUAUUUCUCUGUCAAUAAAAGUUAUUUAUUGU